CGACUUGGUCCAUCCCACAGUGCUCUCUUGAGGACGCGCUGACUUCCGCAUUUCCGAACGAAGAAGACCUCGCUAGCAGGGGACUCGUCACUCGUCACACGCGCGCGCACCAAGCGCGUAGGGCUGUCAGAGGCGAAGGCAGCGAUGUCGCCAGGAAGAGACGCUCCGCUCUCCGUCGGAGAGGGAGUGCGCAUGAUGUUUUACGCCCUCUCGCCGAACGAGUCCUCCUUCGAGACUCUGCACGAAGUCCCCAAUUACGUGGCGCAGGCGGUGCCGUACUUCUGGGCCAUGAUCCUGCUGGAGGUGACCCUGUGCUGGUACAAGGGCACCCGCCUGCCGCGCGUCAACGACACCGUGAGCUCCGUGUCGGCCGGCAUGCUGUCCCAGCUCGCCAAGUUGCUGACGCGCAGCGUGGAGCUAUCGGCGUUCAUCUUCGUGCACGACCGCUACCGCGUCGCCUCGCUGCCCUGGGACUCGCCGCUCACCUGGGGCGUGACCUUCCUCGGGGUCGAUCUCGGCUACUACUGGUUCCACCGUCUCGCGCACGAGGUCAACGUGAUGUGGGCAGCUCACCAAGUCCACCACAGCUCCGAGUACUACAACCUGUCCACAGCGCUACGGCAGUCCGUCGUGCAGCCGUACACGUCCUGGGUCUUUUAUCUGCCAAUGGCCCUGUUCAUUCCACCACCAAUCUUCAUCGUUCACAUCCAGUUGAACCUCCUCUACCAGUUUUGGAUCCACACGGAGAUGAUCACUUCCCUGGGACCUCUCGAGCACGUCCUGAACACCCCGAGCCACCACCGGGUCCACCACGGCCGCAAUCCGUACUGCAUCGACAAGAACUACGGUGGCACGCUGAUCAUCUGGGAUCGCUUGUUCGGGACCUUCCAAUGGGAGAGCGAGAAGGUCGUGUACGGACUCACUCACAACAUCAACACCUUCAACCCCUGGGUGGUGCAGUACGUCCACUUCCGGCACAUCUGGCGCACAUUGUAGACCACGCCAGGCUGGUGCCACCGCCUCUGGGUUGUGAUCAAGGGCCCCGGUUGGGCCCCCGGGAAGCCCAGGCUGGGCUGCCUCGAAGACAUCCCCAAGAUAACGGGGGGCGAGGCGCCGUACGACCCCGCGCAUCCCGGGUGGGUGCAGGCCUACGUCGUGGCUCACUACGCGCUCGGCUUCGGCGUCUACGAGAAGCUCAUGGCCGGCGGCGAGGCGGCCACGCAGGCUGAAGUUCUCGCGCUCCUCACGUCCAUCCUGCUGGCACUCAGCAGCUACAGCUUCAUAAUGGACAAGCGGCCGCACGCUGCCCCGGCGGAGGCUGCGCGCUGCGCGCUCCAGCUGGCCUGCCACCUGCUACAGCUCGUGGAACUGGGACUCGCCGCGCAGGUGGUGUUUGCAUCCUCGAUGGUGAUUUGGAGCCUGAGAAGCCUGAGAGUGAUUUAGCUUCCGUCGCCAGAAUCUACAGCCAGCCGACGAGAAGCCGCAGCCGGAUCCGUUGGGACGUCAUCGAGGACAGAAUGCGCCGGAGGGCGACGUGGCACGACCACAAUGCCCCACGGUCCAGGUGGUCGCUCCCCCAGCUGACUUGAUCACUACCCACAAGGCCCGGUCGUGCACGACGCCAUCAUCCCUCGCAGCCACCGCUUCUCAGCCUCUCUCUCCUCACUCACUCCACUCACUCACUCAACUUACUCCACUCACUCCACUCACUCAAUCACU